AUGAACGAUAUUGGAAGAGAAAUAAAAUCGGUAUUUGACGUAGUGGAAGUACGCGGUAAUUUUUAUGCUGGUGGAAAAACAGAUAAUGUUUGUCUUCCUGGCCUUUUUAUUCAUAAUAUUGGUCAUGUAUUAUUACCAUUCUCUGAACUACAAGCAAAAUUGAUCACUCUUCAAAACAAUGCAAAUGAUUUAAAGCCAACACAAUAA